AUGGCUGCUGCAUGUCAACCGUCACUGUUUCGGUCAAAUGACUUUGUAUACAACAGAGAUGUCGACUUUCUCGGUGCAGGUGGAUUUGGUGAAGUCUAUAGAUGUCUCUUGAGAGAUUCUGGUGAACAAGUUGCCAUAAAGCUGCUCUCCGCGCCAACGAGACUGAAGCCAAGUCAGGAAAAGAUCUUUCUCGACGAAGUGACCAUUCUCCAUCGACUGAUGGAAUGUCCCUACGUCAUUCGAUUAUUGGGUUUAUGCACUGAUCCUGGCAAGUACGCAAUUGUAAUGGAAUAUGUGGAAAACGGGGACUUGGAAGAGAUGUUGAUGUCAAACAAUAUGAAACAUUCUAAAAUUAAAGAGUGGAGCUGUCGACGGAGGAUGAGUUUGCAAAUUGCAAAAGGAAUGGACUUCCUGCACAGUCUCAAGCCUCCAAUUAUACACAGAGACUUGAAAACAUCCAAUGUGGUAGUUGAUCGUAAUUAUUUCUGCAAGAUUAUUGAUUUUGGAUUGUCAGCAAUGAGAGAAAUUUCGAAGCAGUCGACAAAACUAUCUAGUAGUAGCUCGAGAAGGACGGGAACCGUAGCAUUUACUGCUCCAGAAGUAUUCCGGAACAAAGUAGACAAGAAACGUGAAUCGAAAAUUGAUGUUUAUUCGUAUUCUAUCAUUCUGUGGCAAAUAAGAGAAAUGAAGCCUAUUUAUGAUGGAGUGGCGAUUACAGUGAUUCGUGCAAAUGUGAUGGGUAAACAGAGACCUCAUCUGAGUGACAAUGAUUGCAGUGAAGACUUUCGAGGUAUAAUAAUUCGCUGCUGGAACGAUGAGCCUGAUGUCAGGCUAGACUUCAGAGAAAUCACUACAAUGCUUGAAGGAAUCACAAGACAAAUGUGUGCGUCGUGCAGUGAACACGCACUUCCAUUCAAUCAGUCGCUCAUACAAAUGCUUCAUCAUUAG